CUGGCACAGCGGCGCCCACACUGCGCCGCGCGCCCGCUCCGCCGCUGCUCCCGUGCGUCCGGCCGGCCCCCGCGCGCCCUGCCUGGCCAUGGCUGCGGCCUCUCCCCCGCCCAGGCCCGAGAAGAAGCGCUGGGGUUGGGGCCGCCUGCCGGGCGCCCGGCGGGGCAGCGCGGGCCUGCCCAAGAAGUGCCCCUUCUCUCUGGAGCUGGCCGAGGGCGGCCCCGCGGGCGGCGCCCUCUAUGCGCCUAUCGCGCCGCCCGGCGGCCCGGGACCCGCGCCCCCCGCGCCGCCCGCCACGCCGCUCGCCGCCGCCGACCUUAGUCCGCGGCCGCCUGUGAGCCUCGACCCGCGCGUCUCCAUCUACAGCGCGCGCCGCCCGCUGCUCGCGCGCACCCACAUCCAGGGACGCGUCUACAACUUCCUCGAGCGCCCUACAGGCUGGAAGUGCUUCGUCUACCACUUCGCAGUCUUCCUCAUCGUCCUGGUCUGCCUCAUCUUCAGUGUGCUGUCCACCAUCGAGCAGUAUGUCACUCUGGCCACAGGGACCCUCUUCUGGAUGGAGAUCGUCCUGGUGGUGUUCUUUGGGACGGAGUACGUGGUCCGCCUCUGGUCAGCAGGCUGCCGCAGCAAGUACGUGGGCAUCUGGGGGCGGCUGCGCUUUGCCCGGAAGCCCAUUUCCAUCAUUGACCUCAUUGUGGUGGUGGCCUCCAUGGUUGUCCUCUGCGUGGGCUCCAAAGGGCAGGUGUUUGCCACCUCGGCCAUCAGGGGCAUCCGCUUUCUCCAGAUCCUGAGGAUGCUGCAUGUGGACCGCCAGGGAGGCACGUGGAGGCUGCUUGGCUCUGUGGUCUUCAUCCACCGCCAGGAGCUGAUCACUACCUUAUACAUCGGCUUCCUGGGCCUCAUCUUCUCCUCCUACUUCGUGUACCUGGCUGAGAAGGACGCCGUGAACGAGUCAGGCCGGGUCGAGUUCGGCAGCUACGCGGAUGCCCUGUGGUGGGGGGUGGUCACGGUCACCACCAUUGGCUACGGGGACAAGGUGCCCCAGACGUGGGUCGGGAAGACAAUCGCCUCCUGCUUCUCCGUCUUCGCCAUCUCCUUCUUCGCGCUCCCUGCGGGGAUCCUCGGCUCCGGCUUUGCCCUAAAGGUCCAGCAGAAGCAACGGCAAAAACACUUCAACAGGCAGAUCCCGGCAGCAGCGUCGCUCAUCCAGACAGCAUGGAGGUGCUAUGCAGCUGAGAACCCUGAGUCCUCCACCUGGAAGAUCUAUGUUCGCAAGCCCUCACGGAGCCACCCUCUGCUAUCUCCCAGCCCCAAGCCCAAGAAGUCUGCCAUGGUAAAGAAAAAAAAGUUCAAACUGGACAAGGACAAUGGGGUGGGUCCCGGAGAGAAGAUGCUCACAGUACCCCACAUCACGUGCGAACCCGUCGCAGAGGAGCGGAGGCCAGACCAUUUCUCUGUGGACGGCUGUGACAGUUCUGUGAAGAAGAGCUCCAUGCUGCUGGAAGUGAGCCCAGCCCACUUCAUGAGAACCAACAGCUUUGCUGAGGACUUGGACCUGGAAGGGGAGAUGCUGCUGGCCCCCAUCACACACGUGUCACAGCUGCGGGAGCACCAUCGGGCCACCAUCAAGGUCAUUCGGCGCAUGCAGUACUUUGUGGCCAAGAAGAGAUUCCAGCAAGCACGGAAGCCCUACGACGUGCGGGACGUCAUCGAACAAUACUCCCAGGGCCACCUCAACCUCAUGGUGCGCAUCAAAGAGCUGCAGAGAAGGCUGGACCAGUCCAUCGGGAAGCCCUCCCUCUUCAUCUCUGCUUCAGAGAAGAGCAAGGACCGAGGUAACAACAGCAUCGGUGCCCGCCUGAACCGGGUGGAAGACAAGGUGACACAGCUGGACCAGAGGCUGGUGCUCAUCACAGACAUGCUUCACCAGUUGCUCUCCUUGCACCAGGGCGGCCCCCCGGGUGGCCACCCCCCCAGUGGGGUCGGGGCCCAAGUGGCCCAGCCCUGCGGCGGCAGCUCCAUCGGCCCUGAGCUCUUCCUGCCCAGCAGUGCCCUGCCCACCUACGAACAGCUGACCGUGCCCCGAAGGGGCCCCGACGAGGGAUCCUGAUGGGGGCGUGGGGCCCAGAGCCUGAGUGGCGAAGCCGGAGAAGCCCAGCCCCUGGGCCGACACCACCGCCCACUGGGCAGGGGUAACCCCUGGGCCACCGGCCACCUGCUUGGAGGCCCAAGACAGCAGCCCCACUCUUCCAGGCCCAGACAUUCUGGGGGCCAUGCUGCCCACGAGUCUAGGCAUGGGCUCUGCGCAGGGCGCCUCUCCCCGGCCAGUGGGUACCAGAAUUUGGCUGGUGUGGGGUCCCCCUCAGCUCUGAGACUGUGAGACCCCACAUCACUUGCAUGGUGAUCGGGACACAGUGACAGGGGAUCAGGCUAGCCCUGCCAAGGGCUGGGCUUCCCAAGCACUCGGUCAGUCCCAAGUAUGGCCGGCAAGUCACACAGGUGCAUGUCAGCCCACCCUGGUAGCCCCCAGGGGGCUUCCUGAGGGGAGACAGACAGGCAGCCUCAACAGGGUCUGCUGAUACCCCUCCCUCAGCCUCCAGUUGAGGCCCCAGGUGGACCUAGGAGAGAGGCAGGCAGGGCAGGGCAGGCCCAGCCCAUGCCAAAGAAGGGAGGCCGCGAUCAAGGCCCACGCAGAGGGCCCAGGCCUGGGCCUUGCUCGCUGCCUCUCCAGACGCUGACUCAGUGAGGCCACUGCUUCUAGCAGGAGGGACAGGCCCACCACUGUCCCCAGAGUGCUCCACUAGGGGUAGACAGGGAGGCCCACCUUGGUCUGGCAGCUUCUCCUACCCAUUCUGGAGAGAAGAGGAGGCCCCCAAUCCUGCCCUGCGUGCGGCCCCUGCCUCCAGCCUCCUGCCCCAGUCCGAGCAGCUGGACAGCCACACAGCUGUCACCUCCCCUGGCCAGCUGCUGAGCCGUGGGGGAGCAUAAGGUCACAGUCCCUACACAGGACAGAGGCCCCUCCUGAGCGUUACAGAUCAUGGAAAUCAGAAUACUUUGUGUUGAUCUGGAAUCUGUGCUUUAACGAGUUUCACAGUGUGAUUUUGGCCCGCAGUCGUGCUGGCUUCCCUAAUAAAUGUGGGGUCACGGG